GCCCAGUCUCAGACAUAACAGAAUCAUCCAGUGCCCUACGGGUUUUGCGGCUGCCUCUGAGAGGCUGGUUGGGUGCCGUCGUUUCGGAGGAGAUGGGCAUCUUCUCCCUGCUUCUUCUGCUCCCUUUGGCAUCCGGCUUGGAUUUCCGCUACCAUCGCACCAAGGAAUUGGAAGCUUUUUUGAAGGAGGUGCAGAAGAAUUACCCGGCCAUCACUCACUUGUACAGCAUUGGCAAGUCAGUGCAAGGUAGAGACCUCUGGGUUCUUGCUCUGGGAAGGUCUCCAACUCAGCAUAAGAUUGGCAUACCAGAGUUCAAGUAUGUUGGUAAUAUGCAUGGGAAUGAGGCUCUUGGGCGGGAACUCCUCCUCCAUUUGAUUAAAUAUUUGGUGGACAAUGAUCAACAUGAUCCAGUCAUCACAAAACUCAUUAACCACACUCGGAUACACAUCAUGCCUUCAAUGAACCCUGAUGGUUUUGAAGCAUCAACAAUGCUUCAGUGUGCAGCCACAAUUGGCAGGUACAAUGCUAAUAAAAAAGAUCUGAACAGGAAUUUUCCUGAUCAUUUUACCACCAAUAAUCAAAUUAUCCAGCCAGAGACUAAAGCAAUUAUGAACUGGAUAAAUUCUGGAAUGUUUGUUCUUUCUGCUAAUCUGCAUGGUGGAGCACUGGUUGCAAGUUACCCCUUUGAUAAUGGCAAUCACGUUACAAUUGAUGCAAAUGGUGUUAGCAAAACAGUGGAUGAUGAUGUUUUUGUUCAUCUUGCAAGCACAUAUUCUAACAACCAUCGCAUGAUGCAUAAAGACAUUGUGUGUGAUGAUACGAAUUACUUUAAAGAUGGCAUUACGAAUGGAUAUCACUGGUAUAUAGUGAAAGGUAGUAUGCAGGAUUAUAAUUAUGUUUGGGGACAAUGCUUUGAAAUUACAUUGGAGUUAUCAUGUUGUCACUAUCCCUCAGAAGAUAAGAUUCAAGAUUUCUGGGAUGACAAUAAAAUUGCUCUGAUUGAAUAUAUUAAACAAAUUCAUCUAGGUGUAAAAGGUCGUGUUCUGAAUCAAAAGAACAAACCCAUUGCAAAUGUGAUCGUGGAAGUUCAGGGAAGGAGGCAUAUAUGUCCUUACGUAACCAAUAAAAAUGGUGAAUAUUACCUUCUCCUCCUGCCUGGAGUCUACACUCUCAAUGCAACCCUCCCUGGAUUUAUGUCAUUACAACAGGAAGUAGUUUUACCAAAUGGUGCAGAAAAAUUCAGUGCCUAUGAAUAUGACUUUAUUUUCUCCCUGGGAUCUACCUCAAAAAAGCCUGUUCCAUGUCCAUUGAAACCACUUUAUUCAAACAGUGUUAGUACGGUUACUGUUACAGUGUUUAACUUUCUAAUUUUUGUAUAUAUAGGCAUAUAAUAUUUGUAUUUUUAGAUUUGCUUUUUAACAUUACUUGACUAUAGAAGAUUUUAAUUUUUAUUGAGUUAUUCUGGAUAAUAAAGUCUUUGAAUUAACAACUGCAUUCUGUUUCAGCCUUUGAGAAUAGGAAAAUGUGCACUCGGGUCACAGUGAUAUAAUUAUUAAUUUAUGAUUAAUUUAAUGAAACAUCACCUUUGCCUUUCACUUAAAAUAGAAUUACUAUACUAACAUAACUGGAUCUUAAGGAUAAAAAUGAUAGGUCAGAAGAGACCAACAUGAUGUUUUAAUUUUACAUGAUUGGUCUUUUCUCUUUAAUGGACAAAUGAAUGCAAAAAUUUGCUUGAAUAAAUUCUUUUUCCCCACUGUGUAGGGCAUCUGUACACACAUGGAACCUACUCUGAGCCAACCUGAGCCAAUGAGAUUAUUUUAUUAGUACCUAUUAAGCAUCUAUAACAAAUGCUCUUGGAUAUGGUACUGUAUAAAAAAGCAUGAUCUGUUGCUUCUACCUUUCCUCGUCUCUUUAGAAUCACAUUUUAGAAUACUGAAGUCAAGAGAACUAAAUUAGGGAAAAAUUUCAAUGACAAACUAUUUUUGCAUUUCAGGUAGAAACAAAAUAACAGUACUGAUACAGAGUUUUGCCCCAGAAUUAAUACAAAUGGGGAAGUACACACACAUACAUACAAACACACAUACAAACACACACACACACACACACACACACACACACACACACCAAGAAAUACAAUGUAUUAUGGAAGCUCUUGUCAGAUCUCAUUUUAGAAAAAGUUCAAGUAAAUUGAUCACCAUUACAAUCUUUAGAUUGUAGAUGUGGAGGAAAAGAAUAAAAAUUACACAUUGCUGCCUUUCCCUAUUACCAAAGAAAAACUGGAAACUGAUAACCUAUUACUACUGUGAACUGAAUUACUAUAUGAAAAUAAAAUGUGGCAAAUCAACAAAAGCAAAGAUUGACUGUUUAUUGGUAAAUUAUAGGUUGCAACUCACACACAUUGUACAGUAUUUGCUUGCUGUGAAUGUAUUAAAACAGUGGGUAAGUACUUGGAAUGCUACAUCUUAUUUCAGUGACUUUUAGAAUUAGUUCUUGUAAGAACCUUUUAAACAGAAUUCUUGCCAUAAUAUUUCAUCACAGCACAAAUGUAAGUCACCCUUUAUAAUUUCACCAAAGAAAUACAAGUAUGGUAACUAUGGCCUAAAGAACGCAACUC